AUGUCCGAUUCCAAGUCAGUUUCCGACUACGACGUCGAGAAGGAUCAGAUCCGCCAAUCUCCUUCCGAACAGAGCCAUGUUGACGCCGUUGGAUCCUCGGCGGCGCCUCGCGUUAGCAUCAAGGUCCCUCGCACUCAGACCACCCGCUCACAUAUUCCCAUCGGCUUCCGCACACUGAGCAUCCAGGUCUACGAGUCUCAGGGCGUCGAAGGUGCAAAGAGCAAGGAGCAUCUCUCCGACACAGACUUCUUCGGUUCGCUCGAUUUCCACACCGUCGAGCCCGACGCGCUUGCACAGAGGUUCAACGUCCAUCCCGAUACCGGUCUCGAUGCUGCUGCCGCCACGCGUCGCCUCGAGCGCAACGGCAAGAAUGUCCUCACACAAAAGAAGAACAAGUACUGGCUCAAGCUCUUCAACUACACUUUCGGAGGCUUUUGCUCGAUCCUUUGGAUCGGUGUCAUCAUCUUCUUCAUCUCCUGGAGGCCACUCGGCAAUCCUCCUCAGGCUUACAAUCUCGCUCUUGCGAUCGUCGUCUUGAUCGUCAUCUUCUUCCAGGCAAUCUUCAACGCUUUCCAAGAUUGGUCCACACAGAAGGUCAUGAACUCUAUUCUUCACCUCUUGCCCGAGAAUGCCGUCGUCAUCCGUGACGGUGAACACAGGUCCAUCUCUGCGGCCGAGCUUGUCGUUGGCGAUGUCUGCGUCCUUUCCACCGGCAACAAGGUGCCUGCCGACAUGCGUAUCAUCAAAGCUUCCGCCGACCUCAAGUUCGACCGAUCAGUACUCACUGGUGAAUCCGAGGAGAUUCCCGGUACCGUCGAGCCCACAGAGACCAACUUUCUCGAAACAAAGAACAUCGCUCUUCUCGGCACCCACGUCUGCAACGGCAACGCUACUGGUAUCGUUGUCCUCACUGGUCAGCGUACAGUCAUGGGCCGCAUCAACAAGCUCACCAACGAUGACAAGGAGAAGCCUACCCAGCUUCAAAAGGAGAUUUCGCGUUUCGUCUACAUCAUCAUCGGCCUGACCGUCACGCUCGUCCUCAUCAUGCUCAUCACUUGGCUCGCGUGGCUUCGAAAGGAUCACCCUGGCUUCCUCAACACUGUCGGCAUCCUGACCAACCUCAUGAGUCUCGUCGUCGCCUUUAUUCCCGAAGGUAUGCCUAUCGCCGUCGCUCUCACCCUCUCGUUGAUCGCGCGUCGCAUGCGUGACGUUCGCGUGCUGCCCAAGUCCCUCUCGACGGUCGAGACGCUCGGAUGCGUCAACGUCAUCUGCUCGGACAAGACUGGUACCCUCACGGAGAACAAAAUGUCGGUCAACUCGAUCGGCUUCGUCGACAGGGAGUGCACAAGGAAUGACAUCUCCAGCCUAGACCAGGUUUCGGCCUUUGACGAGCUCAAGAAAGGCAUGGCUCUCUGCAACGAUGCUUUCUUCGACCCGUCAAGCGACGCAGUCCUGCCGUCCGAGCGCAGCGUUCAGGGCAACGCCACCGACGCUGCUGUCCUCCGCCUGUCGGCAUCGCUCCCCGGCUCCGACGAGUGCAAGGCUGCUUACCGACGCGUCUACGACAUCCCUUUCAACUCGAAGAACAAAUACAUGCUCACUGUCAUGCGAUCCAACGACGACAGCGCUGUCGCGAACGCCGACGAAAUGUUCGUCAAGGGCGCACCAGACGUUCUCAUGCCCCGCAUCUCGCACUUUUUCUCGGCUGAGGAUGGUCAGACAAAGGUCUUCGACGAUCUUGCUCGCUCUCAGCUCGUGAGCAAGCAGGAAGCCUGGUCUCGCCGCGGUGAGCGCGUCAUCCUGCUUGCCAAGCGCUCGUUCAGUGCAGCUUCCAAGCCGGGCACUGGGGAGUACGAAGACGAGGUCGCUGCCGCUAGUCAGGGCGAGCUUGUCGUCAUCGGCUUGCUCGGCAUCAUGGAUCCUCCCCGCUCUGACAUUCCUCACACGGUCGCCGAGUGCAGAAGGUCUGGUUCCCGCUUUUUCAUGGUGACAGGCGACUUCUCCCUCACAGCGGCUGCCAUCGGCAAGAUGGUGGGCAUCUUUACUCAUAACGGCGAGCCUGAUCGCAUCGCUGACUUUGAUGUCAAGGAUCGGUAUGUCAGCGAUGCUCCUGUUCUCAGCGAGAAGGCCCUCAAGAAGCAGAAUGGACCGAAGGACAUCAUUGAGGCCAGCCUGCUCGUUGAGGGCAAAGAGAUCCCGCACACUACGCAGCAGCAGUGGGACGUCAUCUGCCGCUACGAAGAGAUCGUCUUUGCGCGUACCACGCCCGAGCAGAAGCUCAAGAUUGUCAACGAGCUCCGAGACCGGGGCUGCGUCGUCGCCGUGACCGGUGACGGCGUGAACGACGCUCCUGCCCUCAAGGCUGCCGAUGUCGGUAUCGCCAUGGUUUCCGGUUCAGAUGUUGCCAUGGAGGCUGCCGAUCUGGUACUCAUGGGCGACUUCAGCUCCAUCAUCCAGGCCAUCAAGCUCGGUCGCCUCGUCUUCCAGAACUUGCAAAAGGUCAUCUCGUACCUCCUUCCGGCAGGCAGUUGGUCCGAGGACUGGCCCGUCAUCCUCAACGUCUUCUUCGGUGUUCCGCUUCCGCUCAGCUCGUUCCUUAUGAUCAUCAUCUGCUGCUUUACCGACUUGGUCUGCUGUCUCACACUCAUCUUCGAGAAGGAGGAGUUUGAUCUGCUGUCCCUGGAGCCAAGAAAUCCCAGGUCCGACCACUUGGUCAACAAGGCCAUCUACGGUCAGAGCUAUCUUUUCAUCGGUAUGAUGGAGACGCUCACCGCGCACGCGAUGUUCUUCCUCUACAUCUGGAAGUACGCAAAAAUCCCCGUCAAGGACAUGUUCUUUGCCUUUGAAAAGUUCGGAGACGGCUUCCACGGCUACACUUCGGAUGAACUCAACCACUUCCUCGCGGUCGGACAGUGCGUCUACUUUGUCACGCUCGUCAUCCUCCAGUGGGGCAACCUGCUCUCGGUCCGCAAUAAGCGUCUCUCCAUCUUCCAGGCCGAUCCCAUCCGAAAGCAACGUCGCAACCCUUACCUCAUUCUGGGUCCGCUCGCUGCGCUCGUCAUCGCCAUCUUUGUCACCGAGGUCAAGGGUAUCCAGAAUCUGUUUGGCACCGCCUCGAUCCCCAUCGAGUUCUGGUUCAUCCCGAUUCCCCUGGCUAUCGGCAUUCUGGUCAUGGAUGAGCUGCGCAAGCUGCUCGUACGCACGUUCCCCAACAGCAUCAUCGCCAAGGUCGCCUGGUGA